AUGGACGAGAGAGAGAGGACGAGAGAGAGAGGACGAACGCAAGAGAACGAACGAAAGAGAACGAACGAGAGAGAGAGAGGACGAACGCGAGAGAACGAACGAAAGAGAACGAACGAGAGAGAGAAUGAACCUGAGAGAGAGGACGAGAGAGGGAGAGAACUAGAGAGAGAGAACGAGAGAGAGAGAGAGAGAGAGAGAGAGAGAGAGAGAGAGAGAGAGAGAGAGAGAGAGAGAGAGAGAGAGAGAGAGACGAACGAGAGAGAAGAAACGGGAGAGAGAGAGAAUGUGAGAGAGAGAGAGAUAACGAACGAGAGAGAGAGAACAAGAGAGAGAGAGAAAGAGAGAAAGGGAACGAGAGAGAGGGAACGAGAGGGGGAGAAUGAGAGUGAGAGAACGAGCGAGAGAGAACGAAAGAGAGAGGGGGGGACGAGAGAAUGA